AUGAAGUUCAUCGCUCUCAUUGCUGCCUUUCUUCUGAGCACCCCUGUGCUCACAGCUCCGGUCGAGGCAUAUGCCUCCAGCUUGCAAGUCCGUAAGCCCAUCUCUGUUUUCUGCAAGGCCAAGGACGGGCGCAGGUUCGAGGUCAAGGCAGAUGUGGCGAAAUCUCAGGCACAGAAGGCUGGCCGGAUUGGCGGCAAGAGAAAGAGUGGCUACCCCCACAGCGGGUUCAACCAAGGAAACCUUCCGAAUUGCAACAAGACGACCCCAAUUCUAUCUGAAUAUCCCGUGCACUGGGUCGGAAAGAAGGGCCGAGUCGGCAAAAGACCGGAAGGUCUUCAGCCAGCAAGCUACUCCUCCCUGCGUUAUCUUCUCUAA